CAACAAAACACCCGCAGACCGGGCCGAGCCCAACAACAAAACACUCGCAGACCGGGCCGAGCCCAACAACAAAACACCCGCAGACCGGCCCGAGCCCAACAACAAAACACCCGCAGACAGGCCCGAGCCCAACAAAUCACCCGCUGACCAGCCCGAGCCCAACAAAAUGCCCGCAAACCGGCCCGAGCCAAACAAAACACCCGCAGACCGGCCCGAGCCCAACAAAACGCCCUCAGACCGGCCUGAGCCCAACAAAACACCCGCAGACCGGCCCGAGCCCAACAAAUCACCCGCAGACCGGCCCGAGCCCAACAACAAAACGGCCCGAGCCCAACAACAAAACACCCGCAGACCGGCCCGAGCCCAACAACAAAACACCCGCAGACCGGCCCGAGCCCAACAACAAAAAGCCCGCAGACCGGCCCGAUCUACACCCAGAAUGGAGAUUCCCAUUUCUUCUUCCAUCUUGUCAUCUUCGCUCUUAUGGCGGCCAUCGUGUACAUCAACUGCCACAACAAGAGGAAGCUGAUGCAGUUGGCUCAGAGUCACCGCUGGUGGGACACUUUCUGCUCUCGAGGGGUGAAGUAUCAUCGGCUCGACCAGAACGUCAACGAGGCCAUGCCCUCGCUCAAGAUGACCGACAAAACCUGUUAGCCUGCACCAGAACGCCCUCGUCCUCAAAGCCUCUCCACUCGCACGUGUCAGUGAUUAUGAAUAGAUUCAAUGAAACAGGACAAAUUUAAUCUUGACAAACUAUGUAUCAUUAUAAAGAUCUAAGCCUCAAGCAUCGACGACAGAUCGCUGUUUUUCAAUG